UUUACUAUGGCUCUUUCAUUUAACGGUGUUUUGGUUAGUCCAAAUCAAAUGCCUCGUUUCUGGAUUUUCAUGUAUAGAGUCUCUCCAUUAACAUAUUUAAUUGAUGCUUUGUUGGCUACUGGUGUUGCUAAUGCAAAGGUUCAUUGUUCACCUUACGAAUUACGUCAAUUCACUCCACCAGCUGGUCAAACUUGUGGUGAAUACAUGGCUCCUUAUAUUACUAUGGCCGGGACAGGUUAUUUAACUGAUGUUUCGGCUACCGAUAUUUGUCAUUUCUGUCAAUUCUCAGAAACCAAUGACUUCUUAGCCACUGUCAGUUCCAAGUAUUCAAGAAGAUGGAGAAAUUUUGGUAUUUUUAUUUGUUUCAUAGCUAUUAAUUAUGCCUUUGGUAUUUUCUUCUAUUGGUUAGCUAGAGUUCCAAAAUCUCUAGGUAAAUUAAGUAAGAAGAAAUAA